UAGGUACUAUCAAUGUUACAACAAACUUACAUUGGCCUACAUCUUGCCACAAGGUGUACUGGCGACAGUAUAUAAUCAAAUUAAAUUAAUUGAACCCUUUUAUCGCACGUGGCGAGCAUCGCCCACCUGGUUUUCGGUAGGAAGUGCGAGUAGAUCAUAUUGGAACCGUAUUUCGAUGCCGUCAAUCAACCGUCAAAGCUUCCACGAAAAAGAUGUCAUCAUCAGUGCAGCAGCAAUUAAUAGGUUUUCUGGUGUUUUUAUUUUGUGUUUGUCAGUCAAAUUCACACGAGGAUGACCUAUUCGAGUUUGAUCUGACACCGCUAGGCGAAGGUUUGUACGAACCAGCAAGUGGGAACCAUACUUCGAAACGACUUGAACAGUCCAUUGUUCCGGAAUAUGACGACUCCAAUCCAGAAGAAGCAGGAAACUACGUAGAAGGCGACAUCUAUCAACCGUAUGUUGCCAAAAACGCCAUUAAAUUUAAAAGUAAAAAGUGGAAAAAAGCCGUUAUUCCUUAUGAAAUAAGUGAUGAGUUUAGUUCAAGUGAAGUGAAGAAAAUCCGCAGCGCAUUUCAAAUCUUCAGCCAGAAAACAUGCGUUCGAUUUGUCCCCCGAGUAAGGCAACAGGACUACAUAUCAAUCGAAAGCUCACGCAACGGAUGCUGGUCGACCGUUGGUCGGGCUGGAGGAAAGCAAAUUCUUAACUUACAGAAAAAUGCUUGCAUUCGUCGAACGGGGACCAUUCUGCAUGAACUUAUGCACGUUUUAGGAUUCUUCCACGAGCAUACUCGUCACGACCGGGACCGAUACGUGAGUGUCAAAGUCCAAAACAUAAAACCGGAUUCAAUGGGGAACUUUAGGAAGGAACGACAGGAGCGUACUACAACCCAUGGAAUACUGUACGAUCUCGGCAGUGUUAUGCAUUAUUCUCCAACGGCCUUCAGCUGGAAUGGAUCUCCAACCCUUGAACCCAAGGUCAAGUUUGCUGGAAAAAUUGGACAACGGAACGGCUUUUCCAAUAAGGAUGUACAAAGCAUCAAUUCAUUGUAUUGUUGAAAUGAUUUUCAAAUACAUAAAUGUGCUAUAAAAAUUAUAUAAAAUCCAG